AGCUCCUACCCCUUCUUGACAACGACAUACAACAACAUACCUUACCAUAUAUCGAUCUUAUUCAGCAUCUCACCGGGGCCAACUGACAAGAGUCUCCCAUCCAAGUCGGCUUCUCCCAAGUGGACAUUUACUUCAUCAACUUCCAGAGUUGCCUACCAUAGCACGUUUUCCAAGCUUCACGCGCGAGGUCGCUAAUAGACUUUCAAGAUCCCGUCAUCUUGUGGUUCUAUUGCCCUCAAGACCGCCCUUUCGCUCCAUUAGCAACACGUCUAUCCAGCGCCGGGACGACUCGCAGGAAGCAAACCCGUUGGCAAACCGUGACCCCUGGCCAACCCGCGCUCAAACAAUGGACACCGUUUUACAGAACUUGGGGUCAAUCCCCUGCCCGCACGGCGACAGAUGCACUGAGUCCGGAUGUCUCUUUCAACACAGCUGGAACAAGAAACCGGCCGCUCCAGCCUCAGCCAAACACGAUGGUCCGGACGCAGAUGACAAUCCGCGAAAGCGUCGCAAGUUGUCUACAGAGCCUACCCAGAGUACACCGCCGACAGCGGCAGAGUCUUCGCAGCCCAACCCGGAGCCUGUGACGGCCAAGAAACCUGUGUCGCCCCCGCCACUGGGCCGAAAGCCAACAGUUGUGUCUGUUCAGUCAGCUCCGUCUGAAGCUCCCGCUACCCCAGCAACUAAACCGGCAGCCGUCUCAUCACCCGCCAAUCCAACACCCGAGAAAAGCGCCGAGAAGAAGGUUCCCAUUCGAAAGGCACAAGCUUCUCGGAAGGUCGAGACACUCAAUCCUCGCAUGCUCAAGGGAGUGGCACCUGCUACGUUUGAGUUCCGGUUCAAAGCAUUGACGAUGCUGCACGAACAAUUCGUCCGACUGAACAAAGAGAUGGAAAAGGCGGCCGGCAAAGAUGCGGAGACCAAGAAGUUGAUUCUUACUCCGCAAGAACUAAUAUGGCUUUCUCUGGACUUGGAGGAGAAGAUUGCGAUGGACAAGCCGUCCAUCUACAAUAAUGUCAUCAAAAAUCGCAUCAUGGGCUACAAGAAGAUGACGCCCAAACAAUGGAAGGCAGAGCGUCUUGCAGAGAUUAAGAAGGAAGAGGAACGCAAAGCCGCUGCGACUCAAGCAAGUUCCAAGAAGCAGGCCCUCCUCGGUCCUCCCAAGGAGAUCAACACAGGUCUGACGCGGCAAGAAGAGAUCGCCUUCCUACCACAUGUUCUCACGUCCAUCACCGAACUCGCCCAACAUGGAUACGUCCCCAAGCCGCCAUCUGAAGAGGAAAUCAAAAAGGCACGCGAGGGCGUUGAGGCUGCCAUGGGCUGGGAGACAUGCGACCGCUGCACCAAGCGUUUUCAAGUCUUCCCCGGCCGUCGCGAAGAGGACGGCGCUCUCACCAGCGGCGGUCCCUGCACCUACCACUGGGGCCGACUCAUCUACCCAGAGCGUAACCCAACCAGUACCGUCCAGCAAGAGAGGACUUACCGAUGCUGCAAACAACUCGCCGGCGAUUCAACCGGCUGUACAAGCUGCAGCACUCACGUCUUCACCGUCAAGUCCCCCGCCCGUCUAGCGACCAUUGUGCCCUUUAUGGAAACCCCCGAGAACCCCUCCGUACCCAAGGACCGCGCCGUCUGCUUCGACUGCGAAAUGUGCUACACGGUCAACGGUCUUGAACUCGUUCGCUUGACGGCAGUCAACUGGCCUGACGGCAAAGAACUCCUUGACAUCCUCAUCCGCCCCAUGGGCGAGAUUCUCGACCUCAACUCCCGCUUCUCCGGCGUCUGGCCAGAGGAUCUCAUCAACGCCGAGCCAUGGAAGCCCGUUGCUCCUCUUAGCCCCGUCAUCGACACCGAUUCCUCCCCCAAGCCCCCAAGCACAACCAACAACCCACCAGAACCAGACCAGCGCAAAAAGAUGCAAAUCGUCCCUUCCCUCGCCGUCGCCCGCGACUUACUAUUCAGCCUCAUAUCCCCCGCCACCCCGCUCAUAGGCCACGGCCUGGAAAACGACCUCAACGCCAUGCGCAUCUGCCACCCCACGCUCAUCGACACCGUUCUUCUCUUUCCGCACAAGAAGGCCCUUCCCUAUCGACACGGGCUGAAGAUGUUGAUGGAAUGGAACCUCAACAAGGCUAUCCAGGUGGAACCGGAUGGGGAUUCCGCCGAUGGGACGACAGGACAGGGUGGAAAGCUACUAGGGCACGAUUCAGCAGAGGACGCAAGGGCGGCGGGAGAUUUGGUCAGGUUCAAGAUCCAGCAUACGUGGGCGAGAAUGAAGAGGGAGGGGUGGACGUUGAAGGAUGGAGAGUUUGUGCCGCCGAAGGAUUCGAAGGGGAAGAAGAGUGGUGGGGAGAAGCUGACGGAAGUGAGGAAGACGAGGGACGGCACGGAGGAGGGGGAGUUGGUUGAGGUUUAGAGACGGAGUGUCUCGUCGCUUAGAAGCUGGGAGGACUGGAAAGUAUUUAGUGGUGAAGAGAGGAUUCAGUUGGCUUUGGGGCUCUGUUGCGACACAGAAUCUACAAUAUGGUCUGUUUGCCAAGUUCGCGAGUUUCUUGAAGUGAUACGCGAAUUUCAAAACGAUAGGUACAAUCAGUAGACGAAAGCUGUUCUUAUCCAUCA